AUGAAGAUCGCAAGCGCGGAAAGCUCCGUUCAUCUGGAGAAUCUGACCCCCAGCCUUCCGAAUGAAGCCAUCGUUAAGGAUGAAGGCACGCGGAAAUCCUCAUCUCAAGAUCCUCGUAACUGGUCACAGGGGAAAAAGAAUGCCCAAAUUAUGAUGGUCGCGUUUCAUUCUAUGAUGGGAACUUUUAUGGCCGCAGGGAUUAUCCCGGCAUACGGCACACUGGCCGAAGAGUACAACGUCACAGUUCCAGAUGCUAGUUACUUGACAUCUUUCCAGAUUUUGCUUCUUGGUCUGUCCCCUUUGGUCUGGAAUCCCGUCACUGCUGUUUACGGACGAUAUAAUGUCAGCUUAUUAUCUGUCCUGGGUAGUAUGGUAUGCAAUAUUGGCGGUGCAAGGUGCAGUGGAGUGAUAACGGAUUUAUGCGAGUCCGAGAAAAUAGCCCAGAAAUUGGGCUGGUGGACCCUGAUGACCACAAUCGGAACGCCGAUAGGUCCUUUUCUUAUGGGCUUCGUGACACAGCAUAUUGGGGUUCAAUGGAUUUUCUGGAUCUUCGCUAUCAUCAAUUUCUGUCAAUUUUUGCUUUAUCUGGCGUUCGGGGAUGAAACCAUUUACAAUCCUGCCAACGAGAGGCAGGAAAACGGGUUCUUUGGAAAGAUGAAGCCUCGGCAGAUCAGCUCACGCUCACUACACCUCUACGAUUUUGUGGCUCCGUUCUCCUUGGCUCAAUUUCCUCGUGUUUUGAUAGCAGCGUGUGCCCAUGCUAUUACGUUCUGCUAUGGGAACAUUGCUCUGAUUGUGGAGAUGCCCAUUGCUUUUGGGGAGAAAUUUAAUUUCAAUGCUCAGCAGAUUGGGUUGCAGUUUAUUGCUAUCAUUAUUGGCUGUGUCUUGGGUGAACAAGUUAGCGGACCAAUUUCAGAUUGGUUUCUGCAACGUUUACGCCACACGAGGGGCCACUCCUGCCCGGCCGAUCGCCUAUGGCUAUCUUACAUUGCAUUUUCUACUGUGAUCACCGGCUUGUUGACUUGGGGAUUCCAGCUGCAGUAUGCUACAUCUUGGAAUAUCACCCCUUGCAUUGGGGCUGCCAUUGCCAGUUUUGGGAAUCAGAUGCAGACUACGAUUCUGACCACAUUUGCUGUUGAAAGCAAACAGGAAAGAUCCGCUCAGGUCGGCGUUUUCGUGAAUCUUGGGCCAUUUUAUUUCCCAGACAUGUUUGCAACGUUGGGACUAGGUGGGGCUGCCGGUAUAAUGGUCGCCAUUAUUGGUGGAUGCGCUUUGGUUCCGAUCAUUGCCGUUCAGUUUGCCGCUACCCGAUUGGAUGUGGUCAGCAGGAAUGAAAAUUCAUAG